AUGGAAAACGAGGCUGGUGCUUCCUCUUCGAGUACUGAUUUUUCGGCACCUCUGUCUAUCAUGCCACCGCCUCCGACAUCGUCUGUUACAAACUUGAUCGAGAACGAUGGUACACAAGCGUCAGGUGGCAUUGACGUCCCUUCGAAUGUACGCAACUUAAGGGAUAUAAUGAAGUACAGCACAGAGAUGACCAACGUUUCUGAUGACAGUGUCAUUGACUUGACUUUGUGUGAUGAGGUUUUAUUAUUAAUUAUUAUGUAUUUAUUUUUACAUUUGAGCUUUAUUAAUUAAUUUGAUAUUGUGUACUCACAAAUAACCAUAUUUCCACACAUACACAUUUCAUUAACCGGUUAUGGAACUAUUAACCAUUUUACCGCCUACAAAAAAUAUUACGUUGAUAAUCUCAUUAAAAUACUGAGGAUUUAGGAAAUAAUAUCCAGAUAGAUAUCAACUUUUAUGUAAAUAUUUUCCGAAUAUACUUCGGUAGAUAAUUUAUUUAAAAUAACAAUAUUUUAUUGAUUUUAUAGUUAUUAUCUACUAAGAAAUAUUUACAAUAAUCGUGAUAUAAAGAGUAUUUUGUAAAAUUUAAUUUGGUUUUUUAAAUUAAUUAUAUAAUUUUAAUUGUAGUAAUUUAUUGUAGAGAAUGGCGAUACCUACUAAAAAUGAACAAUUUGAUACCUACUCAACAUAUGAUUCUUGAUACUUUUGUUUAAAAAUAUAAAUAUAAAUUACCAAACAUUAAAAUUAUAAAGUACCUGAUAUAACAAUUGAAUUUGACUGCAGGGAAUUAAAAAUUGCGAGGAACAUCCUCGCAGCUCAUACAAAUUUGAAAAUGCUUUUAUACCAAAAUAAAUACUUAUUUUACUAUUGAGUAUCAUAAAUUAAAAAAACAAAAUUAUUAUUAAUAACAAGUAUUGUACAAAUGUCUAUUUACUUAAAUUUUUUUUUUGAAAUGGUGCCCUUAUUUAAUAGUCCACGGACAUCAACUAAUAUUUUUUGAUGGAACCACAUUUUACUCAUUAUAAAAUAUAGCUUUAUCAUUUUUACUUCUUGCGCAACAAAAACUACAAGCUGCAUAUACAAAUGUAUGUAAUAUGUACAAUUGUAUUAAAUUUAUUUAAUCAAAUUUACUUUAUAUAAUAAAAUAUUAAAAUUACUUAAAAUUAUUUCAACUUUGAUAUUUUAUGAUACAUUCUUAAUUCUUAAGCUAAGAUAUUGAAUUAUCAAAUCGCCCAUCUUCAAUAUCUACCUACCAAACCUACCUACUUAUUAUAAUUUUUGUAUGAUUUUAGAAAAAAAAUUUUUUCACAAAUGUUUUGUCAAGUAUGACAGUAAAUGUCCAGGAGGAAAUGCACAAUUCAAUUAACAUUUUAUUGGAUUCUAACAAAACUGCCAAUGAACUUGAAUAUGCAUUUGAUGUACUUGCAGAGUAUAUUGAUAAUAUUGAUUAUGCUAAUGGUACUAUUAUAUUAUGAUAUUACUUUUUAUGUAUCUAUUGACACAUUAUUAUUGUAACAAUAAGAAUGUUUUAGAUUUUCAGAAGCUUGGUGGUUUCCAGAUCUUUAUUCCUGGUUUAAAAUCUGAGCAUAAAUCUGUAAGAUGCAAAACAGCUGAAGUAAUUGCUACACUGGUUCAAAAUAAUCCAUAUUGUCAGGAUAAAUUCAUUGAACAUCCAAGUUAUAUUCGUUUGUUGAUAAGUUUAAUAGAAAAAGAUACAAUAGAUGAAGUGCGUGUUAAGGGUUUGCAUGCAAUUUCUUGUAAGUUAUAAAUAUAUUGUAAUAAAUUAGCUUUUAGUUUUUUUUUCAAAUUAUAAUUUUUAAAAUAAUUUUGAAUUAGCUCUAGUACGAGAUAAUGUAGCUGUGUUUUGGAAAUUUAUUGGUUUCAGUGGAAACGAUUUAGUUGUUAACGCAUUAAAAUCAUCAAAUGAGAAAUUAAUGAUUAAAGCUGCAUUUUUAAUUUAUUCUACUUGUCUUAUGGGUAAUGAUAUUGCAAGUAAGUCAUUAUUUUUGCUCUAUCGUAUUAAAAACAGCUCCUGUAUUAUGUAUCUGUAAUUAUUCAGGAUUUGAAAGAUAAAAUUUUAUUAUUAGGCAGUUUAAGAUAUUAAACAAUUUAAGUUAUUUUAAAAUUUUUAGAAUUUCUCAUGUAUAGAUGGAUUAUAAUAUUGAUUUUAAUUAGAAUUAUUACAAACCCUGAUAAUUAAGGACGAACUAAAUUUUCCUUAAAAUUUGUCGCAUCUCUAAUUUUAAUAUUGUUUUUUGUUCUCUUUACUUGUUUUCAACAAUGUAUUUCAGUUAAAAGUACUAGGAUGUAUAUACAGGCUGUCUCCUGAAAAUGUACGCCUUGAAUAUCUUUAAAAAUAAUAACGAUAAUCAAAUUCUGUUUUAUUUUACAUUACUCAUAGGGAUGAGGACUAAACAUAUUUAUAUUUGAAUUCAAUUUUUUUUUUUUAGUAAAUAAAUUUUGAAAAUAACUUUAUUUUAUUAUUUUUGAAAAAUUUUAAGGUAGCCAUUCUGUAGAGUUUGUUUUUCUAAAGAUUUGAAUGUAUCACACAUUUAUAUCCGAUGAAUAGUUUAUAAGUAACAGCCAGUUUAAAUUCUACUAAUCUGUGUAAAAACUGAUGUUAUCGUAUAAUGUUGUUAGUUUAUUCCCUAGAUAACAUCAGCUUUCAUAUGGAUUAGUAGAAUUUAAACCGGCUGUUACUUAGAAACUAUUCAUCGGAUAUAAAUGUAUGAUACAUUCAUAUUUUCAGAAAAAUAAACUAGAUAAUUUUAAAAAUCUAAAAACAAUUCUGAGAGAAGUUCAAAUAUACAUAUUUUGAAAUGCUAUAAUAUUUAUGAUUUUUACAAAAACUAUAUUUUAAAUUAUCAAGUAUUUAUAUUUGGUUAAAACAAUUUUAUCUACAUAAAAUUAAAUUAAAAUUAUUAUUGAGUAGUUAAUAUUCCAUUUUUCCAGUUUUUCUUAUUAUUGAGAUAAUUACAAGAUGACCUAUAUAAUACUGCACCAACUUGAUAAAAUGCUAUUAGAACUACCCCUGGAGUUAAUGGUUGGAGUAAGAUUUCUGGUCUAAAAGUUGUUCACAGUCUUACCUGUGCAUUUAAAUCCCUCCUGGUAUCUUUUCCUGGAUUCAACUUUGAUCUGCACAAUAGAAAUGUUUUCAUUUUUACAAUUUUACAAAUGUAUACCUAAUAUUUUGUAUAAAAUCUACAGACAUGUAUGUUGAUAAUGGUGUGGUUGAAAUCAUCUGCUCUAUAAUUAUGAACAUGAAGAAUUCAUUAGAAGAUUAUCAUCAUGAAUUGUUGUUGUCCACAUUGAAUCAGCUGCUUCAGAUGUCUCCAAUAAGAGUUAAAGAAAUAUGCUUCAAGGUGGAAGACUUUAAGCCAGCAUUAUUAGCUUUGCAUGAUUCAUAUCCAAAUGAUUCUAAUUAUCAGGCAAGAUAUCAUAUCAACUUUAUUUCAACAUAUUUUGGUAUUGGUUUGUUAUUGUCCAACCUUGCCACUUGAAAAAUUCAUUUGUUUUUUUAUCUGAUAUUUGAGCCUCAUUUAGAGGCCUAGGAUUAUCUUUUAUUAAUGAUAACAAACAUUUUAUAAUAUAAUGGAGAUAGAUAUAUAAAUAUAUAGUAAAAUAAUAAAGUAAAAACAAAAUUAUUAAAUAGUAAAUACUAAAUAAAUAUAUAAAUGUAAUUUAUUUGAAUUUUUAAGUGUAGUAAAAGCCGAUAUUUUUGAAUGCUUAGAUUUUUCACACAACAUUUAAACAGUAUCCUGUGGUGAUACUAACUUUGGUUUUUCAAAUGAGAACCUAUAUUAAAAAUUCCAUAAAUUAGACAAAGUAUUACUUUAAAUAUAUAUUUUGUUUGUUUAUUUACAUGCAAAUUAACGUGUUAUAUACUCCUUAGGCUUUUUUAUAAAUAUAAAUAUGUAGAAAUUACAAAAAUUAUACAAAAAAAAAAAAAAGUAAUAAUAAUAAAUCUUAACAUAAACUAUGGGAAUACUGUAUUAAGGGGGAAGGUUUAGAAAAGUUACUCCAGAUAGUACGCGGACAGAAUUGACUGUGAGACCUGGUGGGACCUGGAACCCGGAAGCUCAGCCAAUAGGCAUGGUGCGUCAAAGAUACCUUCUAAAAUGCCUCUGGUAAAUCUUUGGUUAGAACUUAUAUGCCUCUGCUCUAAUGACUCGAGUCAAAUCACUCUUUUCUCUAAAAAUAUAAUUUUUUAAUUCAAUAUUAUAUUGGCUUGAAUAUAUUCCAUUAAAUAAACAUAAUUAUCAACACAGUUCAAUAUUAUAUUAUAUAAUAUAACCCAUAGAAAUAAUUUAAAAUUAAAUACUAUUAAAAAAAUUGUAAACGUAUUAAAGAAAAAUUAAUACAUAACUCACCAAAUAAUGUUGUUAACUAUUUUAGUAUGAAAUAUCAAAAUAAUAUAUCUAACAAAUUCGUUAAAAUUCUGAACAAUAAUACAAAUAAUGUAAAAAUCACUUUUAAGAUUAAUAAUAAUUUAAUCAAACUAUUGGUAAGACAAAUAGAAAUUUUGAAAUAGAUAUAAAGAACCCAUUUCUGAAAUAAAAUUAAAAAAGACUGCUCUUAAUUUAAAUUUUGCUAAACAUGUUUUAGAAAAUAACCAUAACAUAAGCUUUGAUAUUAAUACAGACUUGGAUAUAUAAAAAUACUCAAAAUAACAUUUAUAUUAAUUCAGUUUUAGAAAAAUUACAUAUAUAAAAUGAAAUAAAGAAAAAUAAUUGUAAUAUUUUAAAUGUUCAAACUAGUUUUAAAAAUAAUAUCUUAUAUCAAUACAUAUUUUUAGAUAAUAAAUAAUAACCAAAUAAUUUAUACUUAUUUACAUAUCUCUGUCUAAUAAUAACUCAUUUUAAAUAAUCUCUCCUAUUAAAAAAAAAUUAUUUUCAUAUAAAAUGACCAAUUUGUAAAAUAUUUUCUCUGUGUUCCUUCAUUUAUUUUAUCAUAUUCAGUUGCCUUUUACUUAUUGACUUUGUGAUUUAACCUCAUGAUGAAUUUUGAAUUCAAAACUGGUACUAAACACAUAUCAUAAUACUACAGGUAUCGCAUUUAUUUAUUUAUAUAUUUAUAUAAAUUUAAAUUGAUGAUAAUUUAAUUACUUAAUAUUACAUACAUCUACUGAUAUUUAAACAUGGUAUAUAUUUAUUUACGAGUAUUAACCAUUUUAAUAAUUUAGUUUUUAUUUUAUUAUUUUAUUAUAUAUUUUAAGUUUUAUGUAUAUCAUAAUUUAUAUUUAUAUUGGCGCCUACAAGAAAUGUUCUUUUUGAAUAAGAGUAAUAGCUUACAAAAUCCUUAGGCACUAUAUUGUAAAUCUGUAAACCAGUCUAUGGAAAAAUUAAGUGCCUACAUAGUGUUGUAUGGGUUGUGUGAUAUAUCCCAUAUAUUAUUAUAAAAUUGAUUAUUUUUUUUAGAUUUACAGGUUGAUUCACUAAGCCUGCUCGUCUCAUUUUUUUGGUUAAAUUUUGCAUGCAUUCAAAUUCUAAUUUUUGGAAAUUUUUAAGUUCAGUUAAAGCCGAUAUUUUAAAAUGCUUAGAUUUUUCACAACAUUUAAAGAGUAUCCUGAAGUAAUACUAACUUUAAUUUUUCAAAUGAUAAUCUAUAAUAAAAAUUCUAUACAAAUGAGACUUUUACUUAUGUCUUUUUAUUAGUAUUCCACUUCUCUCCUUCUAUCUAAACUUAAAAGUGAAAUAUCUUUUUAAUGAGUUGAUCGAAAUCAAAAAUUUUAGCACCGAAAUGUAUUUAAAGUAAUAUUUUAUCUAUUUAUGGAAUUUUUAAUACAGGUUCUCAUUUGAGAAACGAAAAUUAGUAGAACGACAGGAUACUGUUAAAAUGUUGUAUGAAAAAUCUAAGUAUUCAAAAAUAUCGGCCUUUACUAUACUAAUAAAAAUUCUAAGUCAGAAUUUGAAUACAUGCAAAAUUUAAUCAAAAAAAUAGGGAUGAGUAAGCUUAGUGAAUCACUCUGUAUAUAGUAAUUAUUUUCAAAUAUAGAUUAUUGAUAUUUAGGGCAUUGAAUUUUUCAUAUAGUUUUUGGUUGGAUAAACUCCAAUCUUUUUUGUAAGGGGGAUCCUAUUUGAAAUUUAAAAGUAUGUACUUAUUUAAGGUAUUUAGAGUAGGAAAAAAUAUCAAAAAUGGUUUUAAAUUAAAGUUUAACCAAUUCCAUAAUUAUUUAAGUGAAACAUUUAUAUUAAAAAUAAAAAAAUACAUAAAUUAAUACCUGGAGUAUUAUAAUAAGUGUAUUAUAAGGUUUCAAAUUAAAAAUUCAUCAUUAGAUAUAUCAUAGUCAAAAUGUAAACCACAACAGAAUAUAAAAAAUUGAAUGAAGAAAUAUAUAGAAAAAAAUUAUACAAAUUAGUCUUUUUUACAUAGAAAUAAUUUAUUUUAAUAGGAGAGAUUAUUUAAAAUAAGUUGAUAUUAGCUAUAGAUAUGUUAAGAAAUAUUAUUUAUUUUUCAAGAAAACUUGAACUUAUCCAUCACUAUUUGAUAUUCAUCUUUUAUUUUUGAUAAGUUUAGUACAAGGGUGUCCAUAAGCUCACUUAAUAUGGCUCUCAAUUCAUUUCAAAUCAUUAAUUAAUUAUAUAUAAUAUCAUAAGAAAAAUGUAUUUCAAAAAUUUAUUUAAGAAUAUUAAGUACAAAAUUAUAAAAAUUAAAAAAAACUUUAAAUAUUACUUAACCCUUAAAUGUCCAAUUUUUUUUUUACAUAAAAAAUAUCCUAUUUUUUGAUGUACUGAAUUUGGGAAAAAUAAUUUUAAAAAUCCUGUUUGAGUUUGUAUUAGAAAAUUGUAUUUUUAUAAUUAAACUACUGAAAUAAACUUAAGUAAAAUUACUGAGUUAUAAUUAUUUAUGUGUUAUGAAUGUUCAUAUAAACUUUAUAAUAAUUUUAAGUUUCAUCUCCAAUGAUUUAAAAUAUUAUUUUUUACUCAAAGUACAUUUUGUAAAUUAAGAAAAUAAAAAACCAUUAAAUUACGUAAUCAAGCUUGAAACACAUUACAAAACAGGAAUUGAUAAAGUUUACAUAAGUGUAUUAAUAAAAAACAUAGAUUAGGGCUUAAACUAUACAUUAGAUGGUGCGAUACAUUUUUUGUAAUCCAGUGUAGUAUGGAAACAUAAUAUUUUUAUAUGUUGCAUAUUUACUACAAUGGGCAUUGAAGGGUUAAUAGUAUAUACUAUUUUAUGAAAAUUUUAUCUUUAUUGGGAUUUUAUUUGACAAAUUUUUAAUUCAAAACUGGUUGUACAAUUCACAUAUCAUAAUACUCCAGGUAAUGCAUUUAUUUAUUUAUACAUUUAUAAAUAAAUAUAUUUUUUUCUUGUAAUUUUAAAUAAAAUGUAAAAAUGUAAGCUCAUUAAAAUGUUUGUGGCCCACAACAACUUCUACUUACAUGAGCCCUUCACAAGAGGUUGAAUACCCCUGUUGUAAAGCAAAGAUGAUUGAUUAUUUCUUUUAGAUUUUAGAUGACACAUAAUGAUAAAACUAAAUUUCUUAUUGUGUGUUAAUAAGUAGUAUUUUAUUUAUUAUUCUUAAAAAAAUUUUGGUUGUUAAGAAUUUUUUGGUGCAUGGUAUAAAAAUCUUAAGUUAAAAAUUAACAUUUUUAGUUUAUAACAUUUUAUUAGAAUCUAAUUUUUUUUAACUUAUAUUUUGUUGGUAUCAAUCACUAAAGUUAAAAUUAUAACUCAUUAUUAAUGCAAUUUAUUUUGGUUUAAACAUUUUAAGUCACAUUAUAUUAUUAUUAGGAACAAACCAUGUAUGUUUAUUUAAAAGUUGAGGAAUAAGUUAAGAUUUUGAGUUAAAAUAUAGUUAUCAUUUUAAAGGCCUUGUUGAAACUUAAUGAUGCAAAUAGAAUAUGUUAUAUAAAAUAAAAAUCCAAUUAUCUAAGACACUUAAAACUAUGAAGAAUUGAUUUUAAAUUUCUAUAUAAUAGUUAAUAUUAAAGUAUGUAUGUUAAAUUUUAAAUUAAAAUAAUUAUCAGCCAAGACAUUACCAACGAUUUUGAAUGAUUUUUCAAAGUUUUAUUUUAUUUUCUUGAAAACUUAAGACCAUUUUAUAUCAUUUAUACUUUAUACCUUUCACCAAAGAACAGAAGAGUCUUUUUUCUAUGUUCAAUCAUAUGCACUUUAACAGAUUUACCAAAGAUAAGUUAAGAUAUAAUAUCUUAUCAUAUCUAUUGCCAAGGAAGUAACAUCGAAAACAUGUCACCUAGACAUAAAAAAAUUUACCAAGUAAAAUGAUUCAAAAGGUUCCUUAAAAACAAUAAAAGUUUGUUUUUGAAGUGAAACGCUGAGAGUAAAAUUUCAAGGCAGUAAUGAAAAUCACAGUUAACCGACACAUGCUGUGAUCAUGUCAUCAAUUGUUAACACAUUCACACACACUAGUAACACUGCGAGUGAAUACAAUCAGAAAACCAUUCUCAGAAACUUUUAAUAUAUAGUGCAGAUUAUCAAUAUAAAUGCUAACUUACUUACUUAUUCAUUCUUACUUACUUACGUAAUACUUAAGACUUAAUAAUAAUAAUAAAGAGCAUAUGACAAAAUGUGUAAAUAGUGUUAGUGUAAGGUUUUGUGUAAAAUAAAAGUAGGUGAUAAAAAUUGCAGUAAAAGAGAAAAAUAUAAAUAAUUAUUUUUAUAGUACUGUGGACAGUAAAAUAUUUGAAGUAAAAAUAUUUUUAGUUUGUUAUGUUUAACUAAUUGCUAUUUGACUUUAGUUUUGAAUUACCCCUUUACUGACCAUUCUAUUCAUUUUUGAGUGGGAAGAUGAUGCCAUUUUUUGUCUUGAGGUUGUAUACCUAUACAUUAUUUUAGAAAAAUUUCUUAUAAUCUGGUUAUAAUUAAGCAUUUCAACUUUGUUUUGGUGAUUCACUAUUUUUUUAAACAUUUUCUUGGACAUAUUGUUAUGGUUAAAACCAGUUCUAUGAAAAUUGUUUAUCAUUGAAUCAGUUAAAUUUAUUUUCAACUCUUUACUGAUUGGUUGCACUAUUCUUGUAUAAUUUUAGUUUUAUUUUCAGGUAAUGCAUCAAUGAUAUCAUUGGAAAUUUGAUGACAGCCCAUGGGUUCAAUUUGGGUUAUCUGAUUUUCAAAAAAUUGUUUUUGGUUACUAUUUUAACAAUAACACUAAAUUUAGUGUUUAGAUUAUUACAAUUGCUACUAAUAUCCUCUUUGAAGUUUUGAAAACUAUCUUUAAGUAGCAGAAUAAUUUCUUUCAGCUCACAUAAUUCAACAUUUUCUGAAUUAAUAUGAUUUUCAUGCCAAAGAAAAGCUCUUCUAACAGCAGAAAAUUUACUACAUCUCUAAAUAAAGUCUACUUCUUUUAAAUAAUCUACAGCCUCCUUAAAUAGAUUUGGCACUUAGCAUGCCAUAUUAGGUUGUAGUUGGCUGAAUUAUCGGAAAUGGAAAGUGUUUUUGUUAUAUUAGUGGAUCAACUGUUGAAUACAGUUGAUAAAUUGUUAUAAAUUGUCCACUAAAAAAAUAACUUUAUUUGUUCACUUUUAAAAACUUUAAAAAUAGCCAUUUUGUAAAGUAUAUUCUGAAAAUGUGAAUGUAUCAUACUUAUGAUAUCUGAUUAUCGAUCAAUAGUUAUAUAGUAAUAGCCAUUUUAAUUUCUAGAAAAUUGGUAUGAAAACAAUUAAUAUUUAAUAAAGGAUGAGGGAUAACCAAACUUUACUGAUUGUAAUUCUUUAUAGCAUAAUGUGUUAUUUCUGCAGUUCUCAAACUGUUGGUGGUGAUCCACUGGUGAGUUCCUAAUAAAUUUUAGGUGGGUCGCAAAAAUUGUUUUGAAUUAUAUAGAUUCCAAGAAAUUUAUGUUUUUAAAUUCUAAACUGAGCAUUGGAGUAUGUAUUGGUUUCAUAAUGUUUUUUUUAUUUUAUCUGUAAACAACUUUCCUUCCAGAAAUUUUCAAAUUUAGCACUUUUUCUGAAAGAAAAUUUGACUAUGGAGGUAAUUUAAAUAUUUUCCCUACUCUUUGCAUAAACUACUUUUUAAAAAGUGAAACCAUGUCGACCCUGAUAGAUUUUCAGGGAAAGGGGGAAAUUUGGGUUGCAGUCCUUGUUUUCACACCAAUUUUCUAUAAAUUAUAUGAAAUAAUAUAAUUGUACCAAAAAAUUCGUACAAAUUGCAUAAUAAAUGAUGAUUUUUAACAAAUUUACAAAAAUAUACAAAACAGACAAUAACGAAACCAUUGUUACUGUGAACCUUCUGUAUUUUCUAAGUUUUUUCCAGAUUUCUCCAAUUAUUAUGGAAAUUUGUUGGAAUAUUUAACACGAUUUCCUCAUUAACAAAUUAAAUCUAAAUUAAAAUAAAAAAAGUCUUAGGGAUAUUUUGAUUGGAGCAAGAUUUCUGUAUAAAGUAUAAAAGUUGUCUAAUAGUUUCAUAAUUGGUGGAUUCUAGUUCUUAACGUGCAACUAAAUAUGAUUUACUAGGCGUCCCAUCUAAUUUAUUAAUUAAUAAAUUUGCAAUAGUCAAACCUAAACGAAAAUAUUAUAUUUUAUUAUAUGAGAAAUUAAAAACAUUAUUUAUACAAACCGCUUGGAUCGGUUGUUUCGUUAACAAUUAUGGAAACAUAAUUAUUUCCAAUAUCACUAAUUAUUUGGUCCAUAACGCUUUUAUAAAUAUUUGGAAUGUAAUUUUUUUUUAAAGUGCUUUAAAUAAAAUUUAAUUACCACCAUACAUAUAUGUAUAUAUAUAUAUAGACGCUUAUCACUCGCUGGGCUCUCUAAGCUUCUAGAAAAUUCCAGAUGAACACCUAUAAUUUAAAAAUGUGGGAAAAUUGCAAAAAUUUGCAUUAUAAAAUAAAAUUUGCAGAAUAUUUUUAGUAUACAUGGGCUAUAUAUUUAAUCAAAUCUGAUUUAUCUUUAUUGCAAAAAAAGUUGCAAUAUCAAUUAAAUCUGGUCUUUAGUAAUAACAAACUAGUAUGUUAAUAUACUAUGUAUCUAUGUAUUUUAUACAAUUAAAUUAUACAUGUAUAUAGAAACCCAGGUAAUUAAAAAUAGAAAAAAAUCAUUAAAUCAAUAACUAAAUUUAAUUUGUUUUAUAUCUAUGUUAAUAGUUGUUAAAAACACAAAACAUAAUAGAUAUUACAUUUUAUUGUAUUUGUAUAGAUUCUGAAGUAAAAUAUUAUAAAUGUACAGGAUAAUUUAAAUUUAAUAUUUUUGAGAUAAACUUGUUAUACUCAAAUGUGUUAAUAUAGACUGCCAGAUUUGGUUUAAAAUGGUUUUAGUCAGUUUUAAUUUAUUUACAUACAAAUAUGUCAUGCUUAUAGCUAAUAUAGCAUAUACAUUUAAAUAGUAAUGAUUUAUUGUGAUUAUUUUACAGGAUGAAAAGGAUGAAAUUGUAUGUUUGAUGAAAAAUCUCAACAUUUAA